UUUUUUUUUUUUACUUUGGUGUUGCUAAAGUAGACUUUUUUGGUUGAUUCAACAAAGGUGCUUUUCACUCCCCAAUCGGUGGAAUAAAUUAAUAAUUUUGGGUUGAAUGCUUUAAAUGUCUUAUUUAAGCUUGUUUGACACUUUCAUGACAAUAAAGUGAAAUAAAAAUCCAUCCAAAGUGCUUCAAAUAUUCGAAAACGUAUUUUGCGAGAAAAACAGACCAAUUGAAAAAAACGCAUGCGGUGUCGACAAACGGCCGUUAGAGGGCGCCAAACACCACCCAUAAAUCCAACCGACUUUCACCUUUUCAAAUGCCUCAAGAAUUUAUGUUAAAUUUCCACACCAGAUUGAUGUCAUUCUUGACAAAUACAUCUUAGCGUCACCGCAGACAUUUCAUUCAGUAUUUACUGGUGCGAAAGGGACCCGGUGUGACAUAUUUGAAACAAUCGUUGCUGCAUGAGUGAUCAGCUCAGGCUGUGUGGGUCACACCUCCACAGCGGGACCGCGAGGGCUAAUCACCAAGCAUCCACCAAAACGCCAGAUACAAGUGAGCAAACAUUCGCUCUUCGCCGGCGUCUGACAAGAGGAGGAGGGGGGGAGGGGUGUCAAGGGAAGAGAGAAAGCAAGCGGGCGAGGGAGGAGAAUCCACUUGGAAGGAGGCAUAGACGGGAAAACACGCAGGAGGAUGCUCGACCAAACCAGACCAUCAUCCGGGAGCAAAACGAAAAAUCAACGCUAUUCUCCUUGAAGAGCCACAUUCCUACAUCUCUGGUGUCUUUUUUGCGAGGAGGGGGAUUCCAGUUUUAAAGACCAUGAGCGAGGCCAAAAAAGGUGAGCUGGCCAUCCGAGAUAAAGCCAUCCUGCACCAGCAGCGCCGUCUCAAGCAGGCCACUCAGUUCACGCACAAGGACUCGGCUGACCUGCUGCCCCUGGACGGUCUAAAGAGACUGGGGACAUCUAAAGACCUGCAACCCCACAGCGUUGUGCAGCGCCGUCUCCUGGAGGGCAACAUCCCGCGACUGCGGGGCGAGGCCCGAGACCCCGCCGCCCACGUUCGCUCGCCGCUGGCCGACAACGGCGGCAAGGACGGGCCGGCGGACGGCGACGACGAGAGCGCCGAUGACUCCUCGGCCGAGGAGAGCGACAAGAGUCUUCAAUCGGACGCCGACGGUGGCGGCGACGCGGCGGCGGCAUCCGAAAUGACGCGCCUCACAGCUCUGCGCGUUCACUGCAAGUGCUGCGAAAGCGAAGUGAAGGUUUCUUUCAACACCAACAGCGUGCACAACCACAUCUCUGCAUCGUGCUGCCAAAGGCUCGGCCUCUUGGCGACCGGCCGGGACCGAAGCGGCUCUGUGAGCGGCCUCAGGCUUCAGCUGGGCUCGAGGACGAUCCGGUGCUCUGCUUUGCUCCAAGAGGACGACACGUGCGAGCUGAGCCUCGGCCUGCACACGCUGCUCCAAUUCAAGUGCUGCCUGGACCUGAACCGUCAGGUCUUGACGCUAGGGGGCGGUGCUGAGGAGCUUCCCUUCCUGAGUGGUGACAAACCCGACAGCUCCAAGGUGUGAGCGCCGAUUCACAUUUCGACUUGAAAAGGUCCAAAGCGUCCAGGAAAUGACAACAAUUUCACAAUCUCAAAUUCCGAAUUUUAUCGGAAUUCCAACAUUUUAAAAUUGCGGUUCAAAUAUAUUCGAAAGGUUCCGUUCGGUCUUUCUUAUUGUGACACUCCAAAAAUUCCGAGUUGGCCGUAGUUUUCCCCUGGAAAAUCCCCAAAUCGGGAUUCAUUUUCCAAGUUGACCAACAUUUUCAAUUAAUUCACAGGCACUUUCUACAGAAAUGGGUUUGUUUUGAAAGAUCGUGUGGUCUCACGCUCGGUGCGCAGCUGGCUUUGCCAAUUCCUCCCAAUGAAAAAUAGCCCGUCACACGCUUAUCUCCGAGUCACAUUCUGAAAUAUGAAAAAUGUCUAUGUGCAUGACGUUGUGGCGUUCCCCCCGCGUGUCUGUGAACCCGUCUGAUGGGCGCGUGUGUGUGUUUUCCCGGCUCACACAGAAAAAAAUAAAAUAAAAAAGCCGAGAGGGUACAAGCUGCCUUCCCACACCGCCUUUGUCACAUCUUCAAAAGCUUUGCAUCUUUUUGGGAUCAUUUUGUGCAUUUUUGCGCCCGUGAGACCUCGCCAUUUGCCUCUUUGAUAUUUUUCUUCAAGGUAGCCGACUUCGGAUAUAGAGCGCCACCUGCCUUUUUUCCAUUAGAAAAAUAGAAAUGAGCAAAGUAGGAUCCUGCCACACACUUCAGUACUGGAGCUGAGCAAGGAUGAGAAGUCAAAAUGACGUACUUUGUUGACAACCACCUGACAGCUAAUGGUGGCACAUCUGUGGUUGGCGGAUAAUCAGUGAAGCUGCUCGUUUUGUUUUGUUUUUUUUUUGGUUGUCGUUUUGUUUGACGUUCCGCCUUUCACGCCCCGUCAACCACUGGCGUUACAAUACGACAGACAUUUAUUUUUGGUGUUUCUCGCUGCUCUUCUUCAGUAUCACAGUAUUUUCUCUGGCUGACAAAUAAAAGAUAUGUAUUCUG